CAUUGCUUGCUAGGUAUUACGACCAGCGACGGGCAAGGCUGAAGUUUCUUUCAGGCAUGUGAUUGUCCCAAGAGACCAAGAUGGGGAGCCGAGCGCUGCGGCAUUCCGGCGUGCAUUCUUUGCUGGAACAAUUCCCUUUCGCUUCUUCCAUUCACACGCAUGUGACAAAUUAUUCUUACCUUUGAAUUAUUGAUUUGAUAAUUAUCACUCUCUGCCUGUUUGCCAUGGACUGAGAUGUUUUGGCGCAAUCCUCUUGCUUGCACAUCUCUCGCGUGCCUGGUCUCUGCCUUGGCGGCAAUGACGUUGGGUCUUGAGCUUUAAUGGCUGCAUUUGUAUUACCCCGGAUUUUAUAUCUUCGCUCACCCAUCCUCACUUCAACCUCAUCAUGAACUGACCACUCCACAGGAUACCCCUUGGAUGAUGUCUUCCACUCCAAGCUCGUCACGGAGAGAAGACGAUGGCGCGUCGAUGGCCAGCAAUGAUCCGAAUCCGCCAACUAUCGCAGCCUUCUCACCAGUCACCCUGUCGCAUGCGCCGAGUGCAAAUAAGCAACGGUCGACUAUACUUGUACACCAGAAAUCGCCAUUGUUGAUCGCUACUCCGCCACAGAUUACACGAGCUCUGGCAUAUUCGCAUCCUUUUCUUCUGCCGCUCAACCAGUUUGUGGGGUUGUUGACAUGGACAAGUGGUGAUCCUUGGGAGAGCUUCUUGCUCGUGGCCAGUUUCUGGGGCGUGGUACUGUACGGAGAUGUUGUGAUGCGAUAUGCGGGACCAGUAGUAGUUGUGAUGGGCUUAAUACUGGGGAUGUACUCAAGACGGUACUCGCCACUGUCAUCGACUGGUUGGACAGGAGAGAAGCAGAAGAAAGGACACAAGAAGGUGGACUCGGAAGCUACGAAUAUCAAGCACCAGAAGACAUUAGACGAGAUUGUGGAAACGCUGAAGGUGUUUACAUCUCGUUGCAACGUACUCUUGGAUCCUCUGCUCGAACUUACCGACUUCCUUUCCACCCAAAGAACAGCUACAUCCGCGACAACAAGACCAGCUCUUACCACCCUCCUGAUCAGAAUUCUCUUAGUUACCCCGCUAUGGAUCCUUCUAACACUAAGUCCCAUACAAAUCAUCACCACCAAACGAAUCGUUCUUCUCACAGGAACUAUAUUCUUUACCUGGCAUUCACGACCAAACAGAGUCACGCGAACAAUUCUAUGGAGAUCAGCUUCAGUCCGCCGAGUAUGCGCUGUAAUAACAGGCCUCCAUUUUAACGACGUCCCCAUCCCACCACCCAUUAGUUCCGACAAACCACCACUGCCUCCGAGAAGCAAGUCCGAAAUCCAAGAAAAGGCUACACUCGCAGCGGCAGCAGCUGCCAAGAGAAGGCCAGACGCACCUGGUGUUAGAUUUACCUUCAUACUUUACGAGAAUCAACGACGAUGGGUUGGAUUGGGAUGGACCACGUCUUUAUUCGCUUAUGAGCGAGCUGCCUGGACAGACGAACAUCUGAACUCCGCACCAGCAAAAGAGGAAUUCGAGUUGCCGGACGUGGAAGGUGGUGCCGCUAGAUGGAGAUGGGCAGAGGGUAGUCAGUGGCUUGUAGAAGGAGCUGCGGAAAGUGAUGAGGGCGGCACAAAGGCAAAGUCAGAUACUGUUGACGGAGGCCAGGGUUGGAUAUACUACGACAACAAGUGGCAAAACGGACGCAGAGGCGUAGACGGCUGGGGACGUUACACCCGCCGCCGCAAAUGGUACCGCGACGCCGAACUCGUCGAAGUGUCCCCCUCCACGGAAAUCACACCCUCCCCAACACCCACCCGCAACAGCAGCCCUCAAACAACACGCACACCCACCACCUCCAACCCCGCCUCAGUGUCCACCUCCCUCUCGUCAACCUUCACCAGCCCACCACCAGAGUACAGCCUCACCGACAAAGACAAAGACAAAGACCGCGACAACCUCAGCAUCAAAGACAGUAUCCGCAGUAAAGGCUCCGAUGGCGCUAGUAAGAGCGAUAAGGAGAGUUUGAAGGGGAGUGUUGGUGCGGCGUUUAGGAGUGGGACGUUGAGGAGGAGGGGGACGGCCAGUAGUGAAAGGAGUACGACGAUGAGUAUGCAUAGUAAGAGGGGGGAGAGUGAUGAUGAGGGCCCUGGGGGGACGAGGCCGAGAGAUGUCGAUACGUGGGGUGUUAGUGAUGAUAUUAGGAUGGGACUGGAUCAGUGAAUUGAUUAGAGGCUAAGCUCGAGAGCAUUGAAUUAUGGGAAAGUUAUUUCUGAUGGGUUGCGCUGGGCUGAGGACUGUAUGAAUUGGAUGCCAUCCCUACUGGAUGUGUGGGGUCUUGGGUUUGGCGUGUACUUUAGCGAAUACCAACAUUGAAUGCUG